AAUGAACCGUGAUUAAUCAGCGCAAACAUGAGCGAAUUGUCAAACGGUCCGAAGAAAUCGAUUGGCAAUAUGUUUCUGAGAAGUGGAAUCGAAAAGAUACUCGCUGAUCGGGAUAUCAAGCGAAAAGAGAACUUGCAGCUCAAAAAAGCGUGUGAAAGUGCUCUUGAAGAACUAAAAGCCGCGGAAGAGCAAGAUGCCUCACCAAGCUCAAACGGAGAACACCUACCAGAUGCGGGUGGCACCGCCGUCGAAGCCGAUCGAUAUUUCCUGCCAUUCGAGCUCGCGUGCAACUCGAAAAGCCCGAAAAUCGUGAUAACCGCGUUGGAUUGCCUACAGAAAUUGAUCGCCUACGGACAUUUGACGGGUCGUGGCGCUGAUAUUUCAAAUCCGGAACGAAAGUUAAUUGAUCGAAUUGUCGAAGCGAUUUGUGCACCGUUUUUAGGUCAAGGAACUGAUGAAACUGUACUUUUGCAGUUGAUUAAGGCUGUGCUUGCCGUUGUUCUCUCAACUCACUGUGAAGUACACGGAGCAUCACUUAUUCUCGCUGUUCGGACAUGCUUCAACAUUUAUUUAACGUCAAAAAGCCCGAUUAAUCAGGCGACGGCUAAGGGAACACUUACACAGGUUAUCAAUACGGUUUUUGGAAAUAUGGAAAAGUUUGGAAAUAUUAAAGACGAUGAGACGAUUGUGAGAGAAGUUGUGGAGGUUCUUGUAUCGAAUACAAUAUCCAAUGAAGUGAGCGACGAAACAAGUGAAGCCGGAGGAACUCAUCGACAGAAUGGCUCAACAAUGGGUGAAAGUGAGGCUCCACUGGAUGAUCAAUUUACAUUUAUGAAUGCAUAUCAAAAGGAUGCUUUUCUAGUAUUCCGUGCUCUUUGUAUUCUUGCACAGAAGGAAGAAGGUGGUGCAUCAAAUGAAAUGAGCCUUCGAUCGAAACUUCUUGCACUGGAAAUGCUUCUUCUUGUACUCCAAAACUCUUCAUCAAUCCUUCAAUCCUCCCAGCCGUGUAUAAUAGUUAUUAAACGAACGUUGUGUAUGGCAUUAACCCGUAACGCGGUUAGCAAUAAUAUUCAAGUAUUUGAAAAGUCGCUGGCCAUAUUUGUGGAGCUAUUGGACAAAUUUAAAACACAUCUCAAAGCUUCGAUUGAGGUUUUCUUUAAUAGUGUCAUUCUUCCGAUGCUUGAUUCGAAUACGUGUGCUUUUGAACAGAAAUGGAUUGUUCUUAAUACAAUUGGAAAAAUCCUUGCGAAUCCCCAAUCAGUUGUGGAUAUGUUUGUGAAUUACGAUUGUGAUAUGACGUCACCGAAUCUAUUCAAAUCAAUUGUGGAAGUUGUGUCAAAGACAACACGGACCACUAUCAAUGAAAAUGCACCGCCCGCGCAGAAGGAAAAAGAACGAGCAAUGCGGCUUCUGGGAUUAAGCUGCCUGACGGAUCUUCUUCAAUGUCUUGUUGAUUGGUGGCAAGUGUGUGAAGUACAGAAAAUUACAAGUGAUAUCGAUGACGCGGAGCCCAGUGAGCAACAACACGGUGAAACAUUCGAAGCAUUUGAAACUCUAAAACAACAAAAAAAUCUAAUGGAACAAGGCAUUCAAAUAUUCUCGGAAAAACCGAAAAAAGGACUGAAAUUCCUUCAAGAACACGGUUUUGUUGGAACUGAUGCUGUAGAAGUUGCCGAGUUUAUGAUGAAAGAAGAACGGCUGAAUAAGACACAAGUUGGAGAUUUUCUAGGCGAUUCUGAUGAAUUUAAUAAUUCUGUAAUGCAUGCAUAUAUUGAUUUUUUGGAUUUCUCGUCGAUUGAUAUUCUCGCAGCGUUGAGAAUGUUUUUGGAGAAAUUUAGAUUACCAGGAGAAGCUCAAAAAAUCGAUCGCCUAAUGUUGAAAUUCGCUUCGCGAUACCUGGACUGUAAUCCACGCCAAGGAAUAUUUGCCUCAGCCGACGCUGCCUACGUACUCGCGUUCUCAAUUAUCAUGUUAACAACGGAUCUACAUAAUAAAACAGUAAAGAAUAAAAUGACGAAACAAGGAUAUAUUAAUAUGAAUCGAGGUAUUAAUGAAGGUGGAAAUAUUCCUGUUGAACUGCUCGAAGCGAUUUUCGAAGAUAUUUCGAAGAAUGAGAUUAAGAUGAGAGCCGGAGCCACUGCUUUGCUCAGAUCUCGGGUUACACCAGGACAAGGAGCACUGGCAACUGAUAAAGAACGAAGAGCUAUGGCUGCACUGGAAAUGGAGGCUUUGUCUGAAACUGCGAGAGCCCUAAUGGAGUCUGCAAGUGACGCUGAUGCCUAUUUCACUCCAGCACAACACCAACAUCACGUAAAACCAAUGUUCAAAAUCUGCUGGACACCAUGCCUUGCCGCAUUCUCAGUCGGUGUACAAAUGUCGGAUGAUGAAGAAGAAUGGUCUCUUUGUUUGAGAGGUUUUCGUCUGGGAGUACGUGCCGCGUGUGUUCUACAAGCAACACUUGAACGGAAUGCAUUUAUACAGGCACUUGCGAGAUUUACUCUUUUAACGGCAAAAAAUUCAUUGGGAGAAAUGCGAGUGAAGAAUAUUGAAGCAAUCAAGCUUUUACUAUUAAUUGGUGAUGAAGAUGGAGAAUAUCUUGAAGAGAAUUGGGUUGAUGUUAUGAAAUGUAUGAGUUCUCUUGAAUUAGUACAAUUAAUUGGAACUGGACUUAAUUCUGCAAUGUCUCAUGAUACGGAUAGUAGUCGACAGUACGUGAUGAAAGCCACCGGAGGAAUCGAUGAAAAAACGCUUCACUCUUUGCAAGAUGCUCUCGGUGAAACAUCAUCUCAAUCAGUUGUAGUGGCAAUUGAUCGAAUAUUCAAUGGUUCCGCCCGUCUUUCAGCAGAAGCUAUUGUAUAUUUUGUACGUGCUCUUUGUGCAGUCUCUCGAGAAGAGCUAUCACAUCCGGCGGCUCCACGAAUGUUUUUAUUGGGAAAAGUUGUUGAAGUGGCGUUCUAUAAUAUGAAUAGAAUUCGUUUGGAAUGGAGUCGAAUUUGGAAUGUUAUCGGUGAACAUUUUAAUGCGGCUGGAUGUAAUUCAAAUGAAGCUGUUGCCUAUUUUUCGGUGGAUGCGCUGAGGCAGUUGUCGAUCAAAUUUUUGGAAAAGGGAGAACUUCCGAAUUUCCGAUUUCAGAAGGAUUUCUUACGGCCGUUUGAGGUAAUAAUGGUUCGAAACGGAAGUGCCCAGACACGAGAUCUUGUCGUUCGAUGCUGUGCUCAUUUAGUAGAAGCUCACUCGUCUCGACUCAAAUCCGGAUGGCAGAAUCUCUUUUCAGUAUGGACAAUUGCCGCCGGAGACCCUUCUACUGAAAUUGGUGAAGCAUCAUUCCUCACCGCUCAGAAAGUCAUCGAAAAACGUUUUAAAGAGGAUUUUCCGGCGUUUUUAGACUCAUUUCAAGAGGCGUUGAAGUGUUUACAAGAGUUUGCAUGUAAUCAAAAUCAACCUGAUAUGAAUAUGGAAGCAAUUCGAUUGAUUCGACUUUGUGCUGACUACGUAUCGGAGAAUAGUGACAAAAUCGAUGAGGCCGCCCGUCGUGAUGAUCAUCUUCAUAAGGGAUUAACUGCUGAUCAACACGUAUGGCUACGUGGAUGGUUUCCAAUAUUCUUUGAAUUGAGUUGUAUUAUUAAUCGAUGCAAAUUGGAUGUUCGAACACGGAGCUUAACUGUCAUGUUUGAAAUUAUGAAACAUCAUGGAUCGGAUUUUAGGCCAGAAUGGUGGAAGGAUCUGUUGGAAAUCGUUUUUCGCAUUUUUGAUCCAUCGAAAAUGGACGAUCAUCGAAGUGAUAAGCGAGAAUGGAUGUCAACGACGUGUAAUCAUGCAAUGUUGAGUGUUGUCGAAGUGUUCACACAAUUCUACACUCAACUCUCCGUCUACGCACUUCCAAUGAUCUAUCGUCAAUUUGGAAUCUUUAUUCGACAACAAAACGAACAGCUCGCCAGAUGUACGAUUAGUUGCCUGGAAUCACUAAUCUCACAGAACGGAGAACGAUUCACUGAGCCAAUGUGGGAACAGACUAUUGAAUUGAUUCGGGAGCUAUUUGAGACGACACUGCCGAAAUCGUUGCUCACAUGGGAGCCGCCGAAUUCUAAUGGAAUUGGGUCGGAGGAUCGGACGAAUGGAUCCGACACUCUCUCAUCGGAACAAAUCGUCUUCUGUGUUGUACAAAAUGAGCUCGUCGAAGCGGUCUCCCGGAUUGUGCUCGGAGACCAUCGGGAAAGUAAACGAGAUCUUCAAAUCGAUGGCCUAUUCACUCAAAUGUCACCACAAUUACUUUUGAGCAUUUGUGAUGCUCUCGCGGAAAGUCAUACACUGGCGAAACAAUUCAAUAAUAAUAAUGGGCAACGUGUAUUGAUUUGGAAAGCACGACUACUUGGAUCUACGAAGCCCAAUUUGAUCAACCAAGAAACGCGAUCGCUAAGUGCAAUGUUGGCUAUUCUAUUCCGCCUGCUCUACGAUCUCCGAGCCCAAUCGAUUUCUGACAAAAUUGCGAUUCGAGUGUUAGAAGUCGUUUCACUUGCGCUCAGCGGCUACGGAGAAGCCGAAUCCGACACCAGGCGGACUGCGUAUGGACCAGUAAUUUGUGAAUUGUUGAGAGAAUGCAUUGCACUUCCGACCAACUUGAUUCCGGUACUUGGGCCGGAGUUUCCAUUAAAACUCUGCGAUCUCGUUGAAACGGCCGAAGAUCAAACGAUGCGAAAACUGCUCGCCGAGCUCUUCCGACGAAUAAUCAAUUUUCAAACGAAAUCACCAACAACUGUUCAAGAAGCGCUAGAAGAAUCUCAGAAAUCCCAUAUUUCGGAAAAUUUCACUUGAAGCUAGCUCCCCACAGCUCUGAUUAAUUUCUCAUUUUUGUGUGGCUCUUUUGUAUUUAAAUUAGAUUAUUCGCUUUAUUUUCAUUAUUAUUAUUAUUAUUACUGAUUUCAAACAAAAAAAAUUCCAUUGUUUUCAAAUGGUUGUGAUUCAUCCCAUGCUCCCCCCGUCAAAUAAUUCUCUACUUUUUUUUUCGUUUAUUGUGAUAUUGAUUUUUUUUUUCCUCCCCCGCAUCCCCCUUUUUUAGACUUAAAUUAUUUCCAGAUAUGGCUCUACGGUUUUUCUUUGUGCUCUUUUCCCUUAUUUAUUAUGAAACAACAAUAGUUUUUGAAAU